AUGGACUAUGUCCAGACUCACGGCAAAGGCCAUUGGAAUCGCAUUGUCAGGAAAACUGGGCUGAAGAGGUGUGGAAAAAGCUGUAGACUGAGAUGGAUAAAUUAUUUGAGCCCUAGUGUGAAUAAAGGCAAUUUCACUGAACAAGAAGAAGACCUCAUUAUUCGUCUCCACAAGCUCCUCGGCAACAGAUGGUCUUUAAUAGCUAAAAGAGUACCUGGACGAACAGAUAACCAAGUCAAGAAUCACUGGAACACCCAUCUCAGUAAGAAGUUCGUCGGAGAUUAUUCCUCCGGUGUCAAAACCACCGGAGAAAACAAAGCGCCACUGCUACUUUCAGCGGCCACAGCUUCUUCUCGUCAACACCAACAAGACAAAAUAUGCGACAAGAGCUUCGACGGCCUCGUACCAGCUUCGUUCGAGAAUAAACCAAACGCGGAUUUGACACAUAGGAACGUUGUAGUAGGAAAUACUAAUGAUCCAAGUCUGUACUUCAAAGAAAGAAACAUCUUUGAUAGCAGUAACGCUUUCUGGUUUAAUGAAGACGAGUUCGAGCUCAUGACUUCAUUGGCUAUGAUGGAUUUUGCUUCGGGUGAUAUUGGCUACUAGGCUACUAGCUAGUUUGUACUUGUUAAGUGUGUUUAACUGUAUUAAUUCUGCUUCACUAUGGAUAUUGAUUUAAUUAAUAGAAAUACGAUCGACGAGUGUUUCUCUAUAUUUUCCUCAUAAUAAAAAAAUGUAGUAUAAGUACGUUUUUAAUUAAUAAAAACAGUGCAAUGAACUGAACUUUUGUUUCUCAACUUCUCUUCUUCAUAUG